UCAGAAAAUGUUUCGACUACUUCUGUCUCGAUCUUGUUCCUUAAAUGCCCGCCACUGUUCGACAGCUUCGGCGGUAAAAAUGGAAAUGAAAAAUCCCGAUAAACUAUUCAAGUGUAUAGAUAUCGAACUAAGAGCCCAUGAGCCCGCUGUUCUGAAGAGCUAUUCUUGGUUUAUGAACACCUCGGCUUCAGAGCUUGAUAUUACUGUAGAGAAAUCAUUUGCACCAGAAGAGCCAGACAAGGCUCGUAAAACGCUGUUGAAAAGUGCACAUGUGCACAAGAAGCAUAGAGUUCAGUACGAAAUGAGAACAUAUUAUCAUUUUAUUACAUUAAAGCAUCUAACGGGAAGCACUGCGGACACUUAUUUAGAGUAUGUGCAGAGAAAUCUACCAGAAGGAGUCUCUAUGAAGGUUACUACAACAGAGCUGAUGAAACAGUUAUCAAAGUUACAACCUCCAUCCUCUUCUUCCUAAUCAUCAAAUGCAGAGGGUUUACAUGAUAGAUUCAAGAAUCGGUCGUUAAAUAUUUGAAUUCAUCAUUAUCAUUUUUCUAGAAUAGGAGCUUCAAUUUCUUUAUCAUGAACAGUUCCGAAUAAAAAUUAUUUUAUAACUAAGAAAAUAUUUAUUGAGUAACACUACAAGAAUUCGUUAAAAUAGAAGAUAAACGUGGUGGCAACUAAGGCGGACAUGCAAAUCUGAAGGUCACACAAAUUCUCCAAAGUUUACAGUUUUACUAAAUGUAUGUUCUUAAUCAUUUAAAUACAGUUGUAGAAUAAUAA